AUGGCAGCGGCCAGUCAAACCGGGCAUUUAAAAAUGAGAUGCUGCCUUUUACUGUUGGGCUUCCUGCUGCAGUGUUAUGACACCCAUGCCAAAACCAAAGGCGUGACUGCCAGUUUAAAUGCCAAGUGGCCAAUGACCCCUCUUUUGCUAGAGACAAGUGAGUUUAUUGCAGAAGAUGGUGAUGAAAAAUUCUGGCAGUUUGUUGACACUGUGAAAGAAUUAACAGUCUACAGGAAUGGUGAAUCCAUCCGCUCUUAUUAUAACCUCAUCAUCAAGAAGGCUGGCCAGUUUGUUACUGAUCUGCAAACCAGUCUCCUUAAAUUUGCCCUGGCUUUGAGAGCCUACUCACCUGCUGUGCACGCCUUUCAACAGAUAGCCAAUGAUGAGCCGCCACCUGAGGGAUGCUCCGCCUUUGUCUCCAUCCACGGUCAGCACACCUGCAGUACCAAGGAGGUGAAGAAGCUGCUGAAGACAGCAGCAGGCAGAUCAAAACCAUACCUCUACAAGAUCGAUCACAAAUACCCAGGUGUCAAUGCGACGGAUCUGCCAGUGGCUAUCCUCUACGCUGAAAUCGGCACCAAGAGGUUCAACACCUUCCAUAAGCUGCUGUCUGAGAAGGCCAGAGAGGGGAAACUCGCCUACAUCCUACGCCACUUUGUUGCGCCACAGGAUGGGGAGGUGAAAAAGAUGCGUCUGUCUGGAUAUGGCGUUGAACUGGCCAUCAAAAGCACAGAAUACAAAGCUGUGGAUGACACACAAGUAAAAGAUUCAAAGGCCACAGUGAACACUGAAGAUGAUGACAGUGAUGAAGUCCAGGGCUUCAUUUUUGGGAAAUUAAGAAAGGCCCACCCACAGUUACGGGAACAGCUGGGAGAGCUACAGAAACACCUGCUGGAGAGCAGCAACGACAUGGCCCCUUUGAAAGUGUGGGAGCUGCAAGAUCUAAGUUUCCAGGCAGCUGCCAGGAUUAUGUCUGCAUCCAAGUUUGAUGCCCUGAAGUUAAUGAGAGACAUCAGUCAGAAUUUUCCCACUAAAGCCAGAUCACUGACGAGAGUGGCCGUAAACCAGGAAAUGAGGAAAGAAAUCGAGGGAAAUCAAAAGGCCCUGAGCGAUUCGUUUGGGAUUCAGCCAGGAGACGCUGGUCUGUUCAUUAACGGCCUCCACAUUGAUCUGGACAUUCACAACCCAUUCAGCAUCUUGGACAUCAUCAGAGGAGAAGCCAGGGUCCUGGAGGGCCUCCAUAACCUUGGCGUGAAGGGUGAGGACCAGAGCAAGCUGCUGAGGCUGCCUGUUCAUCCCCUGGAGGACAGCUUUGCCCUGGACAUCCGCCACUCUGCCAUAAUGUGGAUCAAUGACAUUGAGAGGGACUCCACGUACCGUAACUGGCCCUCCAGCCUCCAAGAGCUCCUUAGGGCCACUUUCCCUGGAGUCAUACGGCAGAUCCGACGCAAUCUCUUCAACCUGGUCCUGUUUCUGGACCCCGUACACGAGGACGCGGUGGAGCUGGUGAGAUUGGCUGAGCUCUUCUACUCUCACAAGGUCCCCCUCAGGAUUGGAUUUGUAUUUGUCGUCAACACUGACGACAAAGUGGACGGUCACCUGGAUGCCGGAGUGGCGCUCUUCAGAGCGCUGAACUACAUUGCGGAAGAGUAUGACUUCUCACAGGCUUUUAUGUCCAUGGUUGCUAUGUACAACAAGGUAGAGACAGGAGAACCUCUGUCUGUUGAGACAGUCGCUGCCUAUCUGAAGAGGAAGUAUCCGAAUGCCAAUGUUCCCAAAAUCUUUGGGGUGGAUUCUAUGUAUGAUGAUAAAAGAAAGGCUGGAGGGGUGUUCUACAAGAAGAGCGGGCUGGGUCCCCUCCCUCUGGCUCUCUUUAACGGGGUUCCCCUCAGGAGCGAGGAGAUGGACCCUGAGGAGCUGGAGACUAUUCUUCUCCAACGUAUCAUGGAUGCCACUAACUUCUUCCAGAGGGCCAUCUUCAUGGGUCAGCUGAGCGACGAGGCAGAUGUGGUGGACUUCCUGAUGGAUCAGCCCAAUGUGGUGCCCCGAAUGAACCCCCUCAUUCUGAGCACAGACAGGAAGUACCUGGAUUUCACCGCCUCUCCAGUUGUGAAUGACUGGGAUGACAUGACUACGUUCUCUUUUCUGGACUCCAAGGACAAGACUGCUCUAGUCUCCAACAACAUGAAAUAUUUAACCAAGACUGAUGAGGAAAUGAUUUAUGGAGUGACCAUCUGGAUCAUUGCGGAUUUUGACAAGUCACCAGGGAGGAGGCUGCUUCUUAACGCACUGAAACAUACGAAGCCCAGCUCUAACGCACGCGUCGGGGUGGUCAUUAACCCUGCCCAUAAGCUGACGGAGGAGAACACAGCAGUGACCAGGGCCAUCUGGGCGUCGCUUCUCACGCAGACGAGCAAGGACACGUUCAGCUUUGUCCAGAAGCUCCUCAAAGAUGAGAACAUCCAGCUGCUUCAGCAGGGAACCAAGAUGAAGGAUUUACUUCUAAAGGGGAUGGAUCACGACAGCUUUGAGAAGAAGUUCAACACCCUGGAGCUGGGGUUCCUCCGCAGCCAGGAGCUUUUCUGCCGGGACGUCCUGAAGCUGCCUGCGGGACGGAGGGCUGUAGUCAGCAACGGCAGGAUUUUGGGCCCGUUGGAGGAGGAGGAGGACUUCAGUGUGGAGGAUUUCCAUUUGCUGGAGAAGAUAACGCUCAGCACUUCAGCGGAGAACAUCAAAGUUCAAAUCAAACAGACUAGAACAAAGGCAAAGCAGGCCAGUGAUUUAAUCAUGAAAGUGGACGCCCUUCUGUCUGCAGCGCCCAAAGGAGAGGCCAGGAGGGAUGUCAAGAUCCCCAAGGACAAAUUAAGUGUGCUGCAUCUCUCUCCGCGUGAGAAUGAAGUGUUCUACGACGUCAUCGCCAUAGUCGACCCUGUUACCCGGGAGGCCCAGAAGAUGUCAUCACUGCUAAUUGUGCUGGGUCAGGUGGUCAAUAUGAACCUGCGGGUGUUUAUGAACUGCAGAGCAAAGCUGUCUGAGAUGCCCCUGAAGAGUUUCUACCGCUUUGUGCUGGAGUCGGACGUGACGUUCCUGGCCAAUGACACCAUGUCGCCCGGCCCAGUGGCCCGCUUUGCAGAGAUGCCUGACUCCCCUCUGCUCACCCUGAACAUGAUCACCCCAGAGAACUGGAUGGUGGAGGCUGUGAGGAGUUCCUACGACUUGGACAACAUCCACCUGCAGGAGGUCAGUAGCAUGGUGACGGCAGAAUACGAGCUGGAGUACUUGCUCCUGGAGGGCCACUGCUUUGACCUGUCCACAGGUCAGCCACCCCGGGGCCUGCAGUUCAUCCUGGGGGUGAAACAGAACCCCCUUAUGCAGGACACCAUCGUCAUGGCCAACCUGGGCUACUUCCAGUUAAAGGCCACCCCUGGAGCCUGGGUCCUUAAGCUACGUGAGGGGAGGUCUGAAGAGAUCUAUCAGAUACUUGCUCAUGACGGUACAGACUCCCCAGCAGAGGCUGGCGAUGUCAUUGUGGUCCUCAACAGCUUCCGCAGCAAGAUCAUCAAAGUCAGGGUGCAGAAAAAGGCCGACAAAAUUGGCGAGGACCUCCUCAGUGAUGACACCGAAAGUAAAGGACUGUGGGAGUCCAUCACAAGUGUGUGGAGCUUCUUGGAGAGAAGCCUCACAGGCGGGUCCAGCUCAGAGGAUAGCGAGAAGAGUAAGGAGGACGUGCUGAACAUCUUUUCUGUGGCUUCAGGACAUUUGUAUGAGCGCUUUCUGAGGAUAAUGAUGCUGUCUGUUCUACAGCACACCAAAACUCCUGUCAAGUUCUGGUUCCUCAAGAACUACCUUUCCCCUUCCUUCAAGGAGUCCAUUCCUCUCAUGGCGCAGGCCUAUGGUUUCAGCUAUGAGCUGGUUCAGUAUAAGUGGCCGCGGUGGCUGCACCAACAGACCGAGAAGCAGCGGAUCAUCUGGGGCUAUAAGAUCCUCUUCCUGGAUGUGCUUUUCCCCCUGGCCGUGGACAAGAUCAUCUUUGUAGAUGCUGACCAGAUUGUUAGGGCAGACCUUAAGGAGCUAAGAGACCUGGACUUGGAGGGUGCCUCCUAUGGAUAUACCCCUUUCUGUGACAGCAGGAAGGAAAUGGAUGGCUACCGCUUCUGGAAGUCAGGUUACUGGGCCUCACACCUGGGGAACAGGAAGUACCAUAUCAGUGCGUUGUAUGUGGUCGAUCUGAAGAAGUUCAGGAAAAUAGCUGCAGGGGACAGAUUGCGUGGGCAGUACCAAGCCCUGAGCCAGGAUCCCAACAGCCUGUCCAACCUGGACCAGGACCUCCCCAACAACAUGAUCCACCAGGUGGCGAUAAAGUCCCUGCCCCAGGAGUGGCUGUGGUGUGAGACCUGGUGUGACGACACCUCAAAGUCGGCCGCUAAGACCAUCGACCUGUGUAAUAACCCCAAGACCAAGGAGCCGAAGCUGGCAGCCGCCAUGAGGAUCGUGCCGGAGUGGGCGGAGUACGACGCGGCCGUCAAAAACCUGCUGAGGAAGGCCCAGGAGCAGAGAGCCGGGGGGGCGGAGCCUCAGCCCUCACCGUCGCCACAGAGCGGAGGCCCUCAGCGUGAUGAGCUUUAGCGUCUGUUCCAGGAACUACUGAACAGGGAGAAGCUACAAGUUUGCACCUGAUCCACCUGUGGAGCUUGAAGAUUUCUGCUUGUGUAGAUCUACAUGUACGUGAUGCUGAGAUGUACAGCAAAGAUGUGAGGAACCCUGGGCUGGAAGUGUCAAA